AUGGCUUAUACUUGCCCUUUUGCCCAGCGUGUGUGGAUCACCAGGAAUUAUAAGGUUCCAGCCUUGGAACAUAAUGGCAAAGUCAUUGGGGACAGUCUUCAUUUGAUUAAAUAUGUUAAUAGCAACUUUGAAGGGCCUUCCCUUUUACCCAAUGUAAGAUCUGUUGAAUUGUUUAGUGCUCUCAGUGAAGAUUUGGAUGGACCUGCAUCAGGUGCUGCUUCUGAUCACUUGGAGCAUGCUCUUACAAAAUAUGAUGGCCCAUUCCACCUUGGCGACGAGUUUUCUCUGGUAUCGUUUGAGUUUUUCUGCAAAAGAUCUAUGAACGAUUAUGACAUCACUGCCGGCAGGCCAAAACUAGCAGCAUGA